GAGAGCGGCGGCGAGCGCGAGCCGGAGCCAGACCCCGGGCUCCCAGAGAGGCUAGGGACCGGAGAAAGCGGCUUACCUGAGCGGCGGACCGCACUCGGGGCCCCGCGUCCGCGUCCUCCUGGCGGAACCUGCAUAAAUGUUGAAAAUAUUUCCUGUGAAGCUUAAGAAUCCCUGAUUGUGGAAGUGCCCCCAAAGCACCAUUAACUAUAAAGUGAGGAAAAGUAUGAAAGAACCUUCUGGUUGAGCCUACAAUUUGAAGACCACCACACCCACCAGAAGAUCCAGAAUGGAUCUGCACCAAAGCACCACCGUCACUUUUCUUGAGAAAUGGUGUUCAGAUAUGUCACCAUCUGGCUGCCGGAGACAUUGUAAUGUCAGGAAAAAACUGAAGUUAAUUCGAAUCUUAGGCCUUUUCAUGGGCCUUGUAGCAAUUAGCACUGUCCCAUUUUUAAUCAGUGCCUUUUCUGAGACAGAGGCACAGAGCACAGGAGAAGUAAAUGGUGCAAAUGGCCCUAUGGUAGCACACGGUCAUUGGCAAAGAACUCUCUUAGAUUUCAAGGACAAGAUUCAUGGUAACACCCCUCAGCCACCUCUUUCUCAGGAAGGCAAAUCUGAGAAUAAUACAGAUGAAGUCCAAGGAGACUACCCAAGAGACAUCUUUUCCCUGGAGGAUCGAAGAAAAGGCGCCAUCAUUCUCCAUGUCAUUGGGAUGAUCUACAUGUUUAUAGCCUUAGCCAUUGUUUGUGAUGAAUUCUUUGUUCCCUCUUUGACUGUCAUCACUGAAAAACUUGGCAUCUCUGAUGAUGUGGCUGGAGCCACCUUUAUGGCUGCAGGGGGCUCCGCGCCAGAACUGUUCACAUCACUCAUAGGGGUAUUUAUUGCUCACAGCAAUGUUGGCAUAGGCACAAUUGUGGGCUCAGCAGUGUUCAAUAUCCUCUUUGUUAUUGGAAUGUGUGCUCUGUUUUCUAGAGAAAUCUUAAAUUUGACAUGGUGGCCACUCUUUCGAGAUGUGUCCUUCUACAUCAUUGACUUGAUCAUGCUGAUCAUAUUUUUCCUGGAUAACGUUAUCAUGUGGUGGGAAAGCUCACUCCUUUUAUCAGCCUAUUUUGCCUAUGUGAUUUUCAUGAAAUUCAACGUCCAAGUAGAAAGAUGGGUGAAGCAAAUGCUCAAUCGCAAUAAGGUCGUCAAGGUGACAACACCAGAGGCCCAAGCAAAGUCGUCUACAGCCAGGGACAAGGAUGAACAGGCUCUACCGGCUAAGCCACGUCUCCAGCGAGGUGGAAGUUCUGCCUCCCUCCACAACAGUCUCAUGAGAAACAGCAUCUUCCAGCUGAUGAUACACACCCUUGACCCACUUGCUGAAGAACUUGGAUCAUAUGGAAAACUAAAAUAUUAUGACACAAUGACUGAAGAAGGAAGGUUCAGAGAAAAGGCGUCAAUUCUCCACAAAAUCGCCAAGAAGAAAUGCCAGGUGGAUGAGAACGAGAGGCAGAAUGGGGCUGCCAAUCACGUGGAAAAAAUCGAGCUCCCAAACAGCACCAGCACAGAAGUUGAAAUGACAACACCCAGUGAUGCUUCGGAACCUGUACAAAAUGGAAGUCUCUCCCAUAACGUUGAAGCUGCGGAAGCACAGACCACAGAGGCAGGGGAAGAGGAAGAGGACCAACCUCUGAGCCUGGCCUGGCCUUCCAACACCCGCAAGCAAAUCACAUUCCUGAUUGUGCUCCCCAUAGUGUUCCCUCUCUGGGUCACCUUACCCGAUGUCCGCAAACCUUCAGCAAGGAAGUUUUUUCCCAUCUCGUUCUUUGGCUCCAUCACCUGGAUUGCUGGGUUCUCUUACUUGAUGGUCUGGUGGGCACAUCAGGUUGGAGAGACAAUUGGCAUUAGUGAAGAGAUUAUGGGUCUGACCAUCUUGGCUGCUGGAACCUCUAUCCCUGAUCUCAUCACAAGUGUCAUAGUGGCCCGAAAGGGGCUUGGGGACAUGGCUGUGUCCAGCUCUGUUGGAAGCAACAUUUUUGACAUCACCAUAGGCCUCCCUCUGCCCUGGCUCCUGUAUACCUUCAUCCACAAACUCCAGCCUGUGAAGGUCAGCAGCAAUGGCCUGUUCUGUGCCAUCGUCCUCCUCUUCAUCAUGCUGCUCUUUGUCAUCCUCUCCAUCGCCCUCUGCAAAUGGCGGAUGAACAAAGUGCUGGGCUUCACCAUGUUUGGCCUCUACUUGGUGUUCCUGGUGGUCAGUGUCCUCCUCGAAGACAGAGUUCUUGUGUGCCCUGUGUCCAUCUAACAAAAGAGCCGGAUCUUGAACCAAUAGCAUGGAUGGCACCUCCCCACUCUGGGCUCCUGGCUCCUUGACCUCCUGAGAAGAGGCAGCUGGCACACAGCCCUGGGUAUUUCGAGUGUCCCUCCUUGGCCGAUUAGAGGAGGGAUGGAGUCACGCUGGGUCCACUCAUCUCACAGGCUGUGUCUGCCCUCGCCUGCUGAAACAGCUUCAUGGAAGAGAACAAGAGAAUUGUGCAUUUGGGGCUUCUCUCCAUUCACCACUGACAGGUACUCCUCGCUGGUCGGAGGUACAUUUGUUGUAAUACCGCAAACAGUGACAGAGGCUCCAUAUAUACAUAUAAACUAUAUAUAUUAUAAAUAGAUGCGCACGAACACAUGCCUGCCUGUUCCUGUAUUAUACCUCUCUUUCCAUGCCUAUAGAGUAAUAUAUACAUGUAUACAAACACAGAGAAAGAAAAAUUAUAUAUGUAUAUCUCUAUAUAAAGUCAGAUAUAAAUAUAACUACAAAUGCAUCUUUUCAGGGAUAGUUCUAAUAUAUUUCUAGUACUUAUUUGAAAAGGGGCAUCAACCCUUAGUCUGAGCUUUACCUCUCGAGUGUAAGAAGUCAACUAACAGAAUCAUGGAAGAUGGAUGUUACAGGGAAAAGGGUUGAUGGGAGGGUUUGAUGGAGAAGUCUGUAGGGGUCCUGAGUUGAGCCCUCCAAACAUCCCCACAGGCCAAACAGCAAAGACUCUUUGCCCACCCCACUGGGGUACUAACUGGAACCCAUAGGGUUACUUGGGGAAACAGCGGUAAAACCUAGAUUGGGUGGCUAUUGGUUUGAAGGCAGGGGGAGGUGACCAGGGUUGGGUUAUUUUGGAUUUUUAUAUAUAUAUGUAUUGCCCCAGCAUGCAAGUAGAAUAUAUGACUGCAAACCAAACUAGUGCUCUUCUAGGACAGCAAGACUAUAUAAAACAAACCUAUCUUGCUCCAGUGCAUGUCCCAUCCUCAUGAAAUGAAGGGGCGGGGGUCCAGUUUAGCUGUGAUUGCCACUUAGACAUAAUUUGAUGCUCACAUAUCAUCAGAAUGUCUGCCAAGAAAGCCUGCAUAGUGGUAAGGAAGACCAUCUAGCACAAGGGCUCGGCAGGACUGUCACCUAAUGAAGAUGUUCGGGCAUGCUUCUAUCAAGCAGCUUCCAGUGCAGUGUGGUCAGAAAGGGCUUCAUCCAUCCUCCCAGAGAACUAGGUUGACUGCCAAUGCUGCUUGGGUUGUGGCAGAUUAGAGAUGUUUUGCAAGGCAUUGUGCACUCAGCACGCCUCACAAAGGCUUCAGAGGCCUGUGUCUACUGAUUUCAGGCCCUGUGUUUGGUGAAAGCCCAUGCAACCUCUGUGUCUUUCCUCCAUCAGCACCCCAUCUAGGACUCUCCCUAACUUGCAGAAUGCACUCUAGGCCCCCACCUGACAGCUUCUUGACAUUGAUUUCAAGCCAGUCACCCCAAAGUUUUCAUUGCCUGAGUUUGCUUAAUAUCCAUGAUAUUGCCAUGAUUUUGCUUAAUAUCCACCUGUUUUCACUUCAUUCAUUCAGUACUCUCAAUCUCAAUGACGCCUUGCAUGAUUUCUUGGGUGAGUGUCAAUAGAAAAUAAAACCAGUGGGGAUCAUAAGCAUAGAGGGAAUAGCUCUGGGGUAGAGUAUUUGACUACAAAGCAUUAGCAUAAGUAUAAGAAAAAAAGCUUCCCAUAUCAUGGUUUCUUGAGUAGGUCAUCUCCAAGGCAAACUAAAUUAAAGGAAAAAAGGGGGGAGUCAUGUUUCCUAACAAUCAGAGAAAAAGUAGAUAGAGGAUGGCCUGUUCUUCUGCAUCUGUCCUAUCUGUGAGGUGGGACACAGGAAAUAGCAGCUAUGUUCUUGCCUCCACCAAUGCCUGCUGUGGUUUUGCUGAGCCCACAACUUUUAACCAAGGGAAAUUACAAACAUCACAACUGAAUAAGGAGAAAAGGAGAACCCAAUAUUCUUUCCUCAAAACCUCAGCUCACUCCACAAAGCUGGCACUCAUGGGCAGCACCCAUCAUCACCCUUCACUGACAAAGAGCACCUCUUUGUGGAGGACCCCUGGGAAAACGGGAAGUCGAGGUGGCUGCCACCCCAGUGCUCACUUUCAAGGCUCUCCAGCAUUGGGUUUUCAGUCUCAUUCACCCAAGACAGGAUUUUUGUACUGAGGCUGAAUUUGUGUUAGUUUCUUAAAAUAAGUAAGUGAGUGAACUUUUCGUUUAAACGGUGGCUUUCUUGAUGUGAUCCUUGCAGCAAAGUUGAUUAUUGCGGGGAUAUAUAUUUCUGACUGGUUUGUUAUUUGAAAGACCACUUAAGUAGGUGACUUUGACUCAUUGCAAAUAGACUAUCUGAGACAAGAAAGGAUGAGGGAGGCCCAAGGCUACCCUGUCUUUAUUCCAGCACAUCCUGAUGCUCUCCUGUCUCUGCCCUUCUUCCCAUACAUUCCCAGCUCACAGUGAAGACUUGAGGGAAGCAGCCCAGGGAGGAUUUUACUGGGCUGGGAGCUCCACUCCCUACAAAGUGUUGUGGUCAGUAAGGAAGAGUUGCAUUUGGGAAGGCAGUAUUUCCAAGCCCUGUUCGUACCCAAUUCUAAGCAAGAACUGCCACAGCAGUGCUCUAGGCUGUCUGGAAUUCAGGCCCUGCAGGAAUAUACCAGAUGCUAUAGAGGCACCUUCUCGCUGCCCCUGCUUGCCUUGCCUUUCCCUUGUUAUGUGUUGGGAGGGAGUAAGGGAGUUUAUGCAUUGAGCUGGGGUAGUAAGUCCACAGAGAAGUGUACAUGCAACAGUGGAACUUUAAAUGUAUUCAGAUCAUUAAUGCAGGGGAUAUAGCUCUAGGGGAGAACAUUUGACUGCAAAUCAUUAGUGUAAUUAUAAGAAAGAACUUUCCACAUCAUGGUUUCUUGAGCAGGUCAUCUCAUAGCUUUCCUACAUGCCUGUGUACAUACAUGUACAAAUGUAGUCUUUCUAGCAGAUCUGGAUGGGUACACACAAUGUCACAUUAUUACCCUCUGACCAAACCACAUUCAGAAUUCAAAAGCAGUAAACAUUAAGUUUGUCAUCAUGACAUCAAAGAAAGUCACACCCACCAAAAACCCACCCCAAAAAAGGGAAAUGUCUUCCUGAUCCCAUACAGGUUUGGACUAUAGACAUAUAUAUACAAACAUGCAUGGAUAGAGGUCCUCACCCAAGUAUAUGAAGAUGACCAACCAUCUCCCUGGGGCUGCUGGAGUGGCAGAAUACAAAACAGAAAAGUGGAGUGGGGGCGGGUUGGGGUUAAACUGCAGAUACUCCUUUGCUUUCCUGGAGCAGGGCAUACAAUAACAUCAAAUCUGCUCAAGCUCAGAGAAAUGAGCUGCAUCUGCUGUUUGGUAUCCACAACAUACCAAACAGGUCUUGCCUGCUGUUACUUUCCCAUCACCUUAGGAGCCUCAGGACAGGUGAUCACUUGACUCACACAGUGGAUUCCCAAAUAGAAGCUUCUAAAUUGCAUCUGAAGAUACCCAUACUAUGUCCAGCUGGCCUCUGGGCCUGCCAAACUCCUGAAGAACGAAAGACUGAGAUUAGAAGAUGUUUAUGCAGUUUUUCAAGACCAAAAUGGAGCCAAGCAGUGAGGUGGGGAAAGCACAGUACAUCAGCAGGGACUCAGAGGCUGCCUUGUUGAGCAGUUGAGCAGAGGCGGCAGAACACCCCACAGCCUCACCCAGAUAGAGAGGCCAGGAUGGUUUCCUAUGCAGAGAAAAUGCUUUGUAAGGCUUCUAACAGGUGUCACCUGACAGGGAGCAUUAGAAUUUAUUUUCUAGGGAAGACAUGAAUCAGGUGGUUUGGAGCUCUUUCAGCAAAACACAGCUGAAAGCCUCACUGAUGAGACACUUGAUAAUAUUAACGUACAUCUAUUUCUGGGCAGGGAAAAUUUGGCAAACUCCCCAACACGGCUCACAGAUCUUAAACUCUACAGAUGACAGGAGAGAGUUAGGAGAUGAUUCCAAAGGGAAGCCCCUCCCCACACACACAUACCCCACCUCAUUCCAGCCCCCACCCACCCCAACUCACCCCUAGCCCCCUGCCCUGUCCAGAUCUCUAACAGAAAGCUGAUUCAGGAAAUGCCCACAGAUGGAGCUACUGGCCAGACAGACAGAAGGUGGGACUGAGAAGAUGGGACUUCUGUCAGGUGUUCUGCUAAAGUUAUUGGGUUGGGAUACUACCUGAGGUGGGUCAGAUAACCUAUCUGAAUAUAAGCACUUCAGGAAUUUUCAGUAUGCUCUCUUCCUUACAUCUGCCAACAAAAACUCACUCAAGAUUAUGAGGCUGCCAAGUUUCCUUGCACCUGGACAGAUUGUUACUCCAGUAAUCAAAUAACCGUAUUGUGCGGCAGCUCUGUUCCAGGAGAAAUAGAGGGGAAAUAUUACCAGCUUGAUUUCUGGAGUACUCAACUGUCUCCUGAAUGCUUAUUAUAGAUGCUAAUGCUCAUUCUUGCUACAUUAACUCUUACAUAACUACCUGGCUUAAUAUUUUUAAAAGACACCUCCUCGACUCUCCUACCUCCCUCAAUGACACUAUGUUCAAUUGGUAAGUAAAACUUUGUCAUUAAGAGAGAGUUUGGGGGAAAAUGAAAGAAUCAGGAAAGGAGAAAUUCAUUUAUUUGUACUGAGAUUCCCAAGAAAGCGAUGUUACCUUGAAAUGUAUCCCUGUGUGAUUUAAAAUAAUUCUAACCAUCAAGCUGUUUUUUUUUCAUCAAGCUGUUUUAACCAAUUACAAGAGCCUCUAUACAGACCCAGAUUAUUUUUUUAAAUCCCUUAUUAAAAAGACCUUGGGAAAGAAAAAGAACAUGUCCCUGCUCCUCUGUAUAUUUAAGCUCAGCUCCUUGCUCUUUAUCUUUGUAUUUUUUAAUCUCACAGCUUCAUAGUCUAAAAUGUAUAGCAAACAAUAAAAGCAAUAAAGGUCACACAGCUAGCUAAAUUACAUCAUAAUAUUUUUUUGCUCCACUGGAAGCUUUGAAACUGCACAGGCUAUGGCAUGUAAUCACCAGGAGAAUUUAGACAUCUGUCAAAAGCUAGACACAACUGUCUUUGCUGUGGAAGUAAAGACACUUUCCACAUCCGCCUCCCACCAGUGUGCUCACUUCCCAUUACACAGGCCCUCACUGUCCAGAGCAGGUUCAGCCUGGCCCCAAACCCACAGCACCCACAGUGGUCUGUAAACCGACUAGCGACACUUUUUUGAAAGAGCAAGAGAGAAUUACUAAGCCCAAGUGAAUCCACAAAUUAGCCCAAUUUUUAACACAAAAAUGGCUCUAUAGUUAGGGCUAGAUAGAAAUGAUGUUCAAAUUAGUGUUCAAAAAGUGGGAAAUUGUGUGAAGUACCAAAGCACUUUGACUAAAUUAGAAAAUCUUUUCAGAUUAGAAAAUCUUAAGGAAUGUAAUAAAACAUAUAAAUAUCAAAUCAGAAAGUGUGUGUGCCACGGCGUUUGCAUGGAGCUUACCAAAGCUUUCAUUCCCCUAAGAGUGUUUUUCCCGAUUCCCCUCAAGACGACAUUUGUAGGAAGGCAUCCCAGCAUAGAUGUUCCUGGUGUGACCCAGUUCCUUUGACCCUUAACCUCAAUAGCAGUGUCAGAAAACUGUCUCCUCCAGGUUCACUCACCCCUCAAGCUGAUGAUUUCACCUUUUUUUUUUUGUAGAAAAGAACUGACCUGGGGUCUCGUCCCUGUGUAUCCUGGGCAAGGUUGGGAGUAUCCCAAUGUGACCCAGUAUUUUCAUCAAAGGGAUUUUAGAUUGUUCUGUUUUUUCUUCCUAAUGCUCCAGACAAUUUUUAGAGUUGUCUAGUAAACCUUUUUAAAUGUUUUAUGUUGCUCUUAAAUGAUGUCACUGUCUGACUAACUGUGACCCAGGAGAAGGCCUGCAAGAACUGAAUGCCAGCCUUGAAUCCAGUGCUUGGCUCUUGAUACACGCCCCUCUGUGCCCUUAUCUUUUCAUUCAUCUUAUGUCCCUUUUGACACCUAUGUCUUUCUUCUACGACAUUUGGAUGAAAUCAGUGCAUUUCUCAGCUUGCUAUGGUGCAUUUGCAUAGCUGUCUUAACUACUAUAAACCACUCUCCAUGUGACCUUAUAAAGUCUCAAUCUGGUUAUGUCCCACUCCAUAUGCAGUUUUCAAGUCCAGCUAGGUUCUUCAAGGUUCUUCCCACUAGCUGCUCCAGCUUUCUCACCCUUGCAAGUCUAAUGAGCAUUUUCACCUCCUUAAGAUUUAAAAUUGAUAGGCCCCUCCCCCAACAACUUAUAUUUUGUAUAAUUGACUACUUCUUUGAGGGGAAGUUCCUUCUAGUUGGUACCAAAAUGUGAACAGACCCCCAACCACAAGUAUUUAGAACCUCAGAACUACCUAGAGUGUGUGUAGGCCUUGAAUAUAAGCACCAUGGAAGGGCAUUUAGCCUCUGAUAAAAAGUCUGAACCCUGGCUGCAUUUUCAUAAGGUCCUGGUGAGGUGAGGAAGCCUAUGAACUUCACUUUCAAGAUUAUCAUUCCACAGUCACCAAGAACUCAGAAUGGGGGAACACCAGAGUAGAUCGUUCAGAAACUGGACGUGCACUUACCUGCUUGAUUUACCUUUGAGAAAUUCAUAUUUUCACUUUAAAUAGGAAAUAGGAAAAAUGGCUAGAAUUCCUCUAUCACGAUUAUUGUUGUGCAUUUUUACUAAUUUGUGUGAUAGGGUGGAUAGGAAUGAUGAGAUUGCUCACUGGUAUCCUGGAAAACGGGCUACUGUUCACCCAGAGGAUGGAAAUUUGCUCCCACAUUCUCACAUAGAGGGUUGCAUGUACCUUUCCAGUAGAUCAGUAACUAAGGUCUACGGAAUGCCAGUUCUCAACAGCAUUCAGCUAACUAAAAGAGAAAGCUAAAUCAUGCUAUACACAAAGAAUGAAUGGAUGAAGUCUGAAUUCAUUAAUCAUUUUAAGGUUGCACAAAUGAAGGAUAGAUAAUUCCCUGCCAUUUAAUUAGGAGAAUCUCCAUUUCUUCUCAUCAGGAUAAAACUAAAGGACAAUGGAUGCCUUUUGGGUUUUUUAAUUUUUUAAUAUUGCACUUUAUAGUACUUCAUAAGAGACAAUUGUCUUAAUUAAAGCCAUAAAAUAUCAAUAAGACAUAUAUUCAGGGCUUCUGAAUAUACUCAACUAAUCAACAGUCCAUGAGUCAUUCUGUUUAGUAUUGUUUGUCGUAAAUUAAAGUUGAUCUGUUGUAUUUUUUAUUGCAUACAAUUGUUGUUCUAAACAAUCCUGAUCUACUGAUAAAUUUUAAAUUUGUACUUUACUAAAGCUCUGAAAAUCAAAAAAAUUAUUCAUUUCACAAAAGCAUUCUUUGUUUUCAAAGUAGCUUUUACAUGAUUCCUUUAAAUAGCAAUUCUGAUGCCAUGUUGAAAAUACUUCCUUUUUUAAAUUAUAGAUUUACUAUUUUUCAGGAAUCCAUUUGUUAUGUAAAGCAAGGUUGACCAUGUGGAGAGUGAAGUGAAUAAUUGGCAACUGUGUACCUGGGAAACUUCAGGUUUGUUUGAGUUUUUAAUAUAAAUGUGAGUCUAAGAAGCUCCCUUAUAAAAAUGGCAUAUAAAGAUAUGCAAUUUAUCAAUAAUUUCUUAUUGCCUAAAUUAUAAGCCUUCCUUGAGAAGACAUCUAAAACAGCAAACUUCAUGAUGCGUAGGGCUUUUUUCCCUUUCUGCUAAAAUACACAAUUUCCAACUUCAUAAGGUAAAUCAUUUACACA